CAUGGGGAUGAGGCUCCUGAUCCUAUCAUCCUCUCUGUUCCCUGUCCCUUCCCUCGGCCUCUGCUCCUUCUCCUGCUGAGGCCGUGCCUCACCUUCUGCCUGUGCCUUCUCCAGGUUCUCCUGCAGCCCCAGCCAUGUCCUGCUACGACCUGUGCCGGCCCUGCGGCCCCACCCCGCUGGCCAACAGCUGCAACGAGCCCUGUGUGAGGCAGUGCCAGGACUCGCGGGUCAUCAUCGAGCCGUCCCCUGUGGUGGUCACUCUGCCCGGGCCCAUCCUCAGCUCCUUCCCCCAGAACACCGCCGUGGGAUCCUCCACCUCCGCCGCCGUGGGCAGCAUCCUCAGCGAGUCCGGGGUCCCCAUCAACUCGGGGGGCUUUGGGCUCUCGGGGCUCUCCGGCCUCGGUGGCCGCUACUGCGGCCGCAGGUGCCUGCCCUGCUAG